AUGUUUAGCUUCUCCGAGGUUUGGCCGCCCCCUGGGAGGAAGUGCUUUGGGAAGGAGGGGGAUGUGGGGUUCUCUGGGCUGCUUGUGCCCUUGAAACACAUUCUGGGGCGGACGAAUCCAAGUUGCAGACGCCAUUGCUCCGCUUCCUUCUCCCGCGUCAUUGCACUGAAGGGGGUCGGUCUAGAUGACCCUCGGGGACCCCUUCCAUCUCUUCAAAUCCCACGACUCCUCCCCUCGCGCCCAGAGCAGGCUUCCUUCCCUCCUUUCUAAAACCAGCUCGCGCCUGCUCCUUUACCUUCCCCGCGCGGCCCCGCUCCCUCCGGGGAAACCUCGACGCCGCCGCCGCCGCAGAGGCUGGAGCCCCGUCAGCGCCCUGCGUUGCCAUGGAGACCGACUCUCCUCUUCCAGCCCCGCCCUCCACGCUUCCUAUUGGGCAGCCGCGAGACUCCAUCCUGUCCUGAGGGAGGCAGGGAGACAUCCGCCUCCCCCCGCCGCUCAUGGGCCAAAGCUUCCCCGAGAGACGCUCAGCUUCCCGGGACUUGUAGUUCGGCCUUCAGGCUCCGUCAACGCUCCGACGUCAGCAGAGAACCACAAUUCCCAGCAGCCACCUCGGCGCCACUGGACUGGCCAAUCGCUGCUAGUACAGCUCACCGGUUCUGCGCUUGUUGUUUUGAAACUUCCAGGAUGGGUUUGUAAGUGGGCAGAGGGGGGGUCCCCGUAAUGCAGAUACCUCUGCCCUAAAGGGUCUUGGGGAGGGGGGGGGAAAGGGGGUGUCCCAUGCCCAGCCCAGAGCCUGGAGCGCAAGUUCUCCCUUUGCACUUUCAUUUUCUUCUUUGCAGGGCUGGGGUGUUGCGUGUCAGAAGGACCCCUUGAAGCAGCCUCAAGGCAGUGCAGGAUGCGGCCUCUGGCCCCAAGAGGCUGGUGCACGGCAGCGAGGACAGUGGCCGGGAGCUGGCAUCGGUUGCUGAAGGGCGAAGGCGUCACUGGGCGAAGGUCGUGGACUGGCAGCUGCCAGCAGCCUCGCUGGUUUGCUGCCAGUCCUUGUCGCUGCAGCAAGUCCGAAGCGAGCAAGCGGAAGGGCAGCAAGCCUCUCAAGGAGUGGACUCUGGUUGUCGGCCCCUAUGGCCUCCUGAAGGCACGGCUCCCUUGCCACGUCUCUGUGCACCCUCUGGACCCACACAAGUACCCCCAAGCGGACAGGGUGUUCGUGACGGUGCGUGGGGCAACCGCUGGCCCCGUGCAGGGUGCAGAUUUGGAUAGUUUGCAUGUGAAGUAUGAUGAGGUGCAAAAGGAGAUUACGAUCAUCUCGGAAGACAUGGACGGCGCAGCCUCUGUGGAUGUGAGGACCCCCGUAAAAUUUGGUAUGUGCAGCAACUGGUCAAAAAGAGGCACUGCUGUGACAUUUAAGAAGUGCCCCAUGCUCUGUGGUGAGCGGUUAGGAUGGCCGUUUCUUCAGCUGUGAAUUUCAGUUUGGCAUGCCAUAGUAGAUAAUGUGGCCCAUUCAAGUUGCUACUUCCCAGCUUUUGCAGAUACAGUGGUACCUCAGGUUAAGAACUUAAUUCGUUCUGGAGGUCUGUUCUUAACCUGUAACUGUUCUUAACGUGAGGCACCACUUUAGCUAAUGGGGCCUCCCGCUGCCAACCAUGCGAUUUCUGUUCUCAUCCUGAAGCAAAGUUCUUAACCCGAGGUACUAUUUCUGGAUUAGCGGAGUCUGUAACCUGAAGCGUAUGUAACCCGAGGUACCACUGUACACCGAUAAGAGACCCAGUGUUGCUAUUGACAGGAGUCAUAAUGUUUACUACUGCAGCUCAAAAGCUUCUGCUGCAAGGCCAGAGUUCAGGAAGAUGCCUUGGCAAAAUUAGGAGCACUGGCUAAAUCCCAGCUGUUUAGUCAGCUCAGCUUUUCUCUUUCCUGCUACUAUCACCAGGACAAACCCUGAAAGCAUCUUUCCUUUCUUUGACAGUUAUUAUGGUGAAGUCACUUGGUGGGUAGUCUGUUGGACUUGGAUUGGGGAAACUUGCAUUCCAAUCCUGCCAUUCGCAAAGCUCAACAUGUAACCUUAGGCCAGUCACAGUCUUUAUUAGUCUCACAGGGUUAUUGUCAAUAAAAUCAUUAGAUAAGCUCCAUAUAUGCUGUCCUUGGAGGAAGAGUAGCGUACACAUGUCAUAACAACAAUCAUAACUGCUAAUAAUUUGGCUCCGUAACCUGGGUAUAUUUUAAAUAUAUUCCUUGUCCUUCCUACACAUCACUGUAAUAUGUAUUUUUUCCUUAACACUUCAGAUGCUGACAUGUGACACUAAUUGUUUGUUUGGGGGACUCAGGACAUUCUUUGAAAGUGGGGUGCUUCUUUUUUCACUCUGUUACAUUGUUUUGCUAAAGGAAAUCAAAAUUUUAGAUUGCUUUGCAUUGAAUUUGUUUCUAUUUAUCUCCACUAUUUAAAAUUGAUUUUAGACUUGGAUAUCAAGACAACAGGGAAUGGCUGUGUGAAGACUGAGAAAAUUGAAUGUAACAGCUGCAGAAUAGAGACAGAAAAGGGAACGAGCAUCUUGCGGUCAAUAAAGGUACCAGUAUAGAUACAAGAGUACAAGAGUUGUGUUUUCUAUCCUCUGGUAUAUAUUUUUUGCAAGUCUUUUCUUGGGACCUCUCCUGCAACUGCAUAAUAAGUAGAAAUUCAGACCUGGAACUCUUUUAGCCAUGCAGAUAUAAUUGUGGGUCCUGCAAGAAUUAAUUGACGUAUCACUUUCCAUAAUAACAGCCAAGAGAUGCAGGUGAAAUCCUAGUUAGGGCCCAUCAUAACUGUCUUCAAAAAAAUAAGAACUGAACUCUUUUAACAUGUAUACAAUUCUGUUUCAGAGUCAGAAAAUUGACAUUCAAGCUAAAGGAGGGAAAGUUAUCUGCCUGGGAACUCUACAAGGAAAUGCUGAUAUUCAUGUGUCACAAGAAAGUGUAAGCAUUUUUAAAAUGUGUGGACUACAAUUAUUUGGGUCACCUAUAAAAUACAUUGAAGAAAUACAUUACAAAAAUAACAUUAUGGGCUUUUAAAAUCUUCGUGAGAAUAUGUGUCUUCACUUUUUCAAGUUCUGUGACUAUUGCAGGUUUUUUUUCAGACAGAGGCUUUGUGUCUUUGACAGCUGUGGGGCAGGAAAAAUUCAGCAAGUACCGUUCUCCUUUCAUUGCCUCUCUGGACUGGGAAAACUGCACCUGCUUGCGUUGAAGUUAAAGUUAUAGCGCCUACGUUGGAUAGACCAGGGUGUGGAGUGGAAAACCUAUUUGUAGAAACUAGCAAUGCCUAUUAUAAAGCAAAUAUUAUUACAUUUAGCAUCAAGGCCAGCCCUACUGUGAGACAGAGUGAGGCAGCUACCUCAGGUGGCAGAUGCUGAGGGGUGUGGAGUGGACAGAACUGUGUGUGCUCUUCAUGUCCUUCUCCACACCCCUUAAGAGACCCUGUUGUCUUCAGAUGCAACGGUGGAAUUCCGUCGCAUUGCCAAUCUUGAACUAAGGCCCCAUCUGUGCUAUACAUUUAAAGCAGUAUCAUACCGCUGUAAAUGGUAAUGGCUUUCCCUUCAAAAUCCUGGAAAUUUUAGUUUGAGAGUGUUGUGAGUUGUAAGGAGGCCUUUAUUCCCCUCACAGAACUGCUGUUCUCAGAGUCGUUUAACAAUCCCUCUUCCCAGGAAACUCCGGGAUCUGUAGUUCUGAGAGGGGAAUGGGGUCUCUUAACAACUCUCAGCACCCUUAAAAAAACUACAAUUUCCAAGGAUUAUUUGGGGGGAAAGCCAGGACUGAUUAAAUGCAUGGUGCAGAUGAGGCCAAAAAUUCAACGGCCAGUCUGGGCAGCUUUUCUAAAUGGAAUGGUGUGUGUUUGUGUGUGUUGAACACAAUCUUUCCCUUUGCCUCAGGCAGCAAAAUGUCUUGGGCAAGCCCCAUUUAGCAUAAUGCAACAACAAGUUGACUCUGUGAGAAGUGAUUGCGAUUCCAGCAACUGAAUUUGAGCUGAACGUGCUUCUAUUAUAGGUCUCUGAAAUUAGACACAUACAUUAUGCUGUUGCUUCCUUUUUCUCUACAAAUGUCAAAUUGCUUUCAGUAUAACUUCUUCGGCAAGUGGAAGUUAAACCCUGCAGAAUGAAUCCGCUUUUAGAUUUGGAUUUAAUAUCCCAGUCGUAGGCAAGCUAUUCUCAAAAUGUAGGGCCAUAAUUUUUAAAUGGGCACAUGGCUGAGAUGGCAUUCAAUGGAUGUUAAUGCCCCCUAAUUAUCCCAAGGCAACAGUAUUGUAAACACAACUGAAAUUCACGUCUUCUGUGGAAAUGCAGGUGAGGUGUUGAAACUUCAGUUAGUUCCAGGUAUUUUCCAGAAGAUGGCGCCUUUGGCUUGUUUGCUUUGUUAUUGGAAAGUGUUAUUGUUCCUUGAGAUGUGUAUAAUGUGACCCUGACUUGAGCAGCACCGAGGGGUAAAUAAAUAUCUCAUGGGUAGACAGCAGAGAAUUUUCCCAUCCAUUCAAGGCCUGCAAGAAAAGAGCGAUAUCUCAAGUGUGCUUAGUUUAUUGCUGGAAUUGCUUGCAGGAAUAAUAAUUCCAGCUAGUUCCUUGGAAAUAAUUUAAAGUGAAUUUGUAAGAGCAUAGAGAUUAUUUGCGACCUCCUUUGGCUUACCUCAGCCAAGAUGAAUUGAUCAGAGAGACUAAGGCUGCAAUCCUAACUGCAUUUACAAGGGAGUAAGCCCUGGCUAUAGGACUUUUGCUUCAUCUUACUUUGUUUAGAAUACAGUGGAACCUCUACUUACAACCAUAAUCUGUUCCAGAGGUCCGGCCAUAACUAGAAACAUACAUAAGUAGAGGCACGCUUUGCCAUAGAAAGUAAUGGAAAAGUGAAUUGAUCCGUUCAAUUUAACACAGAUUUUACUUUCUAACGAAACCAUAGAUCCAUAAAAUAAAGGCGAUAAUCAAUGUACUGUACUAUAAAAUAAAUAAGACAGUAUUGUAGAUGAAAAAAAUUAACAUUAAUUUUUUUUCUUACGUGCACUGAGGGUGGGUGGGCUUAUCUGGCUACAAGCUGGGGGUGGGGCAAGGGUCAGUAAGGACCUGAUUCACUUUGGCCAGAGUCAGUUUUUUUUCUUGCCAGGCCAGGUUCUUCUCCGGACUUUCACAGGUUGGUUCCUCGGCAGGGUUUGGGGCCUCAGUGUGCCCUGCUGUGCCUCUUGCAGGCGGCACCUCUUCCACAGCUUUGGGGGUGGGAUGGGGGCCCUCUCUCCAGCAACAGAGGCCUCAGCACUGCUCCACAGCUGGCGGGGUGAGCUCUGGGCUGCUAGCAAGGCCUCUGUUUGUAUCUAGAGGAAAGUUCAUAAGUCGAAGCACCUACUGAAGGUUGUAACUGGAAUUGUAUGUAAGUAGAGCCGUACAUAAGUCGAGGUUCCACUGUACACUGGGUGAAGAACUCACUGUUGUGUUAACAUACAGCUGUUUUAAAAGACAGCCGGGAGUUGUAUUUCAGCAUAUCUAAUAAUCUCUGAUAAAGCAUGAAAGUACAAUAAGUAGGGUUAUUGCGGUGGCCAUAAGAAUCUUAAUAGAUAGUAUAGGAAAAUACACACUUCCAGUUCUGGCUGGGAGAUACUAAAGUAGGGCUGCCAUAUUUCAGGAAGUGGAAAUCAGGAAACAAAAGUGAAUGGCGUGAAAAAUUUCACAUAUCAAACUGGAAAAGUCUAGAAAAUAAGAAUUGGACAUGAUCCGUAGAUAAUUGCAAGCUGAAACAUUGACCGUGCUAGGGAGUCAUAUUGAAAUGCUAUACAUUUAUGCUCAGAACGAAGCCCCAUUGACUUCCUUUACUCCCAGGUAACUGCCUACUGCAGAAGCCUUCCCCAACAUGGUGCUUCCCAGAUAUUUUGAAGUACAAUUCCCACCAACUUUUACUUUUGCUAAACUGGCUGGAGCUGGUGGAGUCAUGGUCCCAGGAUGGAGACGUCUGGUGUAUCAGAUUGCUGCGAAGUCCUUUUUGAACUCAGUGCGACUUAAUUUUAGUAAACUUGCUUAAGUUGUAUAAAUAUAUUUUAGUAUACAAAGCAGUUUUAGCAGUGUUUGUAAGGCAAUGUCAUAGAAGUGUUGAGUUGGAAGGGACCCCAAGGCUCAUCUAGUCCACCCCCUGCCCUGCAAUGCAGGAGGUUGGCUGCAUCAGGUCUUGGGUCCAAAGAGAUAUUCAGAGCUGAUUUGCCUGCCCCCACUAGUCACUUCUGCAGCUGCCAGCGACAUCAUGUCAGCACUUAGCAGUGAGUGGCGCUAGACCAACCGUCCUCAACCUCAAGACGCUUUGGACGCUUUGGGAUGCCCAUCAUCCCAAGUCAAGCAUGAGCAAUGGCUGGGGAUUAUGGGUGUUGUGGUAAAGAACAUCUGAAGGGAACUGGAUUGGGGAAGGCUCAGCUUGACUGGGGGACAUUGCCAAACAUUUGGCCCCAUAGCAUUUAGGCUCGUUUACCCUCCCGCACCAAGGACGCGGGCGGCGCUGUGGGUUAAACCACAGAGCCAGAAGGUCAGCGGUUCGAAUCCCCAUGGCGGGGUGAGCUCCCGUUGCUCGGUCCCUGCUCCUGCCAACCUAGCAGUUUGAAAGCACAUCAAAGUGCAAGUAGAUAAAUAGGUACCACUCCGGCGGAAAGGUAAACGGUGCUUCCGUGUGCUGCUCUGAUUCGCCAGAAGUGGCUUAGUCAUGCUGGCCACAUGAUCCGGAAAGCUGUACACUGGCUCCCUUGGCCCAUAAAGCGAGAUGAGCGCCGCAACCCCAGAGUCUGCGACUGGACCUAAUGGUUAGGGGUCCCUUUACCUUUACCUUUACCCUUCCUCACCAGUGAUAUGUUCAUACAUGAGGAAAUGUACAAUACAAUGACAAUGUAGCUAACAGUGCCUCAAUAUUGUAGGAGGAAAGAGGAAGAAAUUGACAAAGGAUUGCAUUUUGCGCAGUAACCCUUCAUUGAGUGUAUUCUCACCCUUUGUUUACAGACCUGAUUUGUAUGCUAGUGAUUAACUUCACAUGUUCUUUUGAAGAUUUUUUUUAUCCAGAUGAGAAACAGAGAAUUUAUAAUAUACUAAUUUAUCUUGCAUGACAUAUAAUGUUCUGUGGUGUGUGUCUCGGUGUGUAAACGCUACAUAUAAACCAGCAAAAUCACAGCUGUAGAAUUAAGCGUCAAAACUGACAUGUAUAACACUUAUCUUCCAAGCACAAUAGCAGAGCAGCCAACUUUUUGGAGGAAGAAGUUUGGCUUGCUUUCUCGAAGAGCCAUUUCUGUUAGCAAUCAGCCUGUAUUUUAUCUGCCGUGUGGGCUUUUAUGACAAUUUUGUUCCAUCGACUACAGUCAUCAUUAUGUAGCUAGGGCUCUGUCAGCGUUUCCAGUGUAAACCAAGACUGUCAGAGGUUUGUAGCUGUGCAUUAUAAUUCCCCUGGCAAUGAAACUGGACACUUUCUACUUCAGUCACUGGGGCAAAUGCUUAAAACAUUGAGACAGAGAGAGAGAGAGAUUGGGAUGAACAUUUAAAAACCUGCAGAAUAAUUCAAAUGGUUUGUUUUUAAUUUUAAGAAAUAAAAUGGGGUUAACCCAACUAGCAGCUAAAAACAAGCAGCAACUGUUUCCUGGGGCUGCCUCUCUCCACAGAGAGGCUAGCCCAGGCUUCCUCAACCUCGGCCCUCCAGAUGUUUUGGGACUACAACUCCCAUGAUCCCUAGCUAGCAGGACCAGUGGUCAGGGAUGAUGGGAAUUGUAGUCUCAAAACAUCUGGAGGGCCAAGGUUGAGGAAGCCUGGGCUAGACUAAAAUCCCACUGGCAUUUCAGAUGUGGUUCCCCACCCAAUUCUCCUUAUCACAUCGUACCUACUGGUGUGUGUACCCAACUGACCAAGUGAUGGAAGCGCUAAACUGCCUUGUAGACAGUAAUUGCAUGAUUUUUCAGUGCUGAUGUCUGACCCCAGUUAUCUGGCGUACGUACACAUAAGCAGGCUGACAUGGGGUCAAAUUGAUACCCGAGUCUUGCUUAACAGUGGUUGAAAGUAAGAGAUACUGUGUUCCGUAGAGAGGUGUGAUGCGUUGCUGAGCAUCUGGUCGAGAGUCGUCUUUGUUUCGGAGGAAUUGUCAGCAGCUUGACUACAUCAUACAGUUCUUCAUUUUAUAAGGCUGUGAUAGAUCGUGCUGAAAUGCUAGAGCAGAUUUUAAGCCAAAUUAAUACACAGCUUUAAAUCAGAUAGUAUGCUGGGUCACAAAAUUGCAUAUGAGACAGGACUGAACCGGAAAAUUAAAAGCAUCUGAAUGUUUUACUGCAGCAUAAGUCAAACCGAGCUUAGUAGAACACAAUUAAAUUUGAUAAGGUAUUAGUAUCUAUUAUAGUCUUCGUGUUUACAAUAGUUCCAGUGUGACUGUAGAAACUGUUCGUUUGGUAAAACAUCUUUAGACUUUUAUUAUCCUGGCUCUUGCUCUGGCUGCCUGCUGUAUCCUUCUUCGUCUCUUAAAAAAUGGAGAAUUUAUCAGCUGAUUCCAUCCACAUCUGCCUUGAGCCACCAUUUGAUCCUGCUGUGAGACUGGUGUUAAUCUACUGACCCUCUUCUCCACUAUUGGCAGCCUUCUACAGAGCAUCAGUUUUAGGGAAACCCUAACAUCAUGAAUGAGUGGGAGGGCUGAAAUCAUAUGGUCAUGAUUUCAGAUAUUCUGUAGAUGUUAUUGUUCCUUUGCUUUUCCAGCCUUAUUACACUUUUGCAACAAUCAGGCAUAAUAUAUGUCUUCUUGUCAGGCACACUGACAAAACUCUGCUGUGGCCAGAGCCAAAUCAAAACCAGAUGGUGUGCCCAAGCACAUCCAACAGCCUUGCAGAGUGAUACUUUUGCCAGGGAUUCCUGGGAUAAGCCAAUGCCAGACCAUUUCUUGAAUAUAGCCCUUGUUCUCCAGAACAAGCAAACAAGCUAGGCAGAAUACCAACCAGGUUAGGAAGGCAGUCCAGGGUACAACCAUGGACUGCCAAGCUGGAAGACCAAAGACCUAAGCUAACAGCUCCAGUGUUGAGGCUCUUGAAUUUUUGAUGUAAAUUGUGCUGAUUUCCCAAGAGCUUGUUAAUUUAUUCCAGCUGCAGCCAAUGAGGCAACUGGGGCUGAGCCAUUAGUUUGGGUUUCCUCAACCUCGGCCCUCCAGAUGUUUUUGAGACUACAAUUCCCAUCAUCCCUGACCACUGGUCCUGCUAGCUAGGGAUCAUGGGAGUUGUAGGCCACAAACAUCUGGAGGGCCGAGGUUGAGGAAGCCUGCAUUAGUUUCUUUCCUCCAUUUUAGCAGCAGUUUCAAUGCAAACCGCUUGUUGCUUCAGGAGCAGCAAAGCCCCUUUCUCUGCAGUUCGCAAGCACCCAACAACCAGGUGGCUGUUGGACUCUUGGGAAGCGCUGCACCAUGGACUGACAAGUAAGUGAGGCAACUCACCUGUCAGUCAUAUGAUACCAUAGUGAUGCUAGGUGGUUGGCAGGUGGGUUAUCCCACCCACCUGUUGAAAUUGGGCCACAGGAGAAUCUGGCCUACUGGGCCAAAAAUACUCCCACCACUGCACUAGAGACAGAAAUCCACACACCUGGGCCUUGAUGGCGACACUGGGCUUUAGCAAUCUUUAAAGCUGUACAGUGGUACCUCUGGUUACAUAUGCUUCAGGUUACAGACGCUUCAGGUUACAGACUCCGCUAACCCAGAAAUAGUACCUCGGGUUAAGAACUUUGCUUCAGGAUGAGAACAGAAAUCGUCCUCUGGCAGCAUGGCGGCAGCAGGAGGCCCCAUUAGUUAAAGUGGUGCUUCAGGUUAAGAACAGUUUCAGGUUAAGUACUGACCUCCAGAAUGAAUUAAGUACUUAACCCGAGGUACCACUGUAGUUCCAGUCAAAUGCUCUGCUGCAGGCAAUGAGUUUUUCACUUUUUGCGACCAGCUGUUACAUGAACGUGGCAGACUCUUCAAAAAAGUAGAUGUUGCUUUACCUGUUUACUUGCAGUGCCAUAUAUCUUCUAGCUUCUUACUCUCCUUUGUAUACGUUAUCCAUGCCCACAACCACAGUUCUGGCCAUUUGUCCCACCAUCAAGGGAGUACUUCAACCUCUAAUGCUAAUUCAGUGUUAUGAAAUUUCACAGAUUGUAAUUUUGCAAAUCAAUGCACCUGUUUUCUGGUGCAUAACUUCUAGCUGCAAGCUUUGUCUGUCUUUGUUGACAACGUGAAGAGCACCAUAGGUAUCAACUGCGGUAGCCAAUUAAGUUUUACACAGAGUAGACCCAUUGAAAUUAGUGAACAUGAUGACGUUAGAGCCAUUAAUUUUACUUAAUCUACUGAGUAAAAUUUAGUUGACUAGCAUCCCAGGUUUCCACAUGGACAAGCCACAUGGGACUGGUGCAGAGAGGAGCCAGACACAGAAUCUCAUGCUGUCUUCACCCUUCCCCUCAGCUUAGGUACAGCUUCACUUCUCCUCAGUCAUUGGCACUGACAUUAUCAGGCAUUUGCUUGUAUAUUGUGUAUUUGAUGUUCCUUUGUCACCGCUUUCUGAACUUCUGUGGUGGAAAAGUGACUGGAUAACCUUCUUUCCUCCCUCUGCUUCAGUUUUCUGCUUGAACAGUAAUUUCAACCUUUUAUAGUUAAUAUCUUCUAUGGGCUUCUCCAGACAAUCUAGUUAUUGAGCAUUCAUCCUGAUUUGCUUGCACAAGACUUACAUGGUUAGAUAAUACGCCAUCUUUAUUGAACAGUUAUUCUGAUUUGUUUGUGGGGCAGUUAUAUGACAAUGAACGUUCACUCUGCAUUUCCUGAUUUGCUUGUGGGGUGUUUUUACGUCCUCUGGUUAGUCAUUUGUUCAUUCUAAACUUUUCAAUGCAUUUCCCCUUCACAUGUCUAUGUGAAAGAUGUAGCUUAAUAUAUCAUUAAGAUGAACUGAUGUUUGUCUGUUUCUUGGCUGUAAUGCUGUUAUAUUAAUUUAUUCAUUUCCCCCCUUUUACAGAGUGUGAAUAUAGAAAAGCUACAAGGGUCAUCUAUUCACAUUUCUACCAAAAAUGGCUUAUUAAAAGCCAAAUAUCUUUAUGCAGAAUCUUCAUUGCUCUCUUCAACAGCUGGUGACAUUCUGCUGGGGAAUGUUCAUGGUAAGAUAGCAAAUUGGUCUGCAAUUAGAGCUACAUUUUGUUUAGCAAAUGCCUUUUUAAAUAUUUGUGAUAGAAGGUCAUCAAUUUCACAUUUGAGUUGUUUGAGAACUGUUGGGUGGAUGCCAGCUAAAUGCCACGAUAUGUCAGUUUUUAUUUUUUCAAUAAGGCCUGGAACUUUGUGUCUUGCCACCACUAUCUGCCUCAGUUCCUCAGACUCCCUUUCUGCAAAAGUUACCGUAUUUUUCGCACCAUAGGACGCACCGGACAAUAGGACGCACUUUGUUUUAGAGGGGGGAGAACAAGAAAAAAAAUUCUCCCCCUCUCUGCCCAGCGCCCCUUCGGCGAAGUGGCAGGAGGCGCUGCGCAGAGAGGGGGAGAACUUUCCCCCUCUUGUUUUCCCGCUCUAAAACAAGGUGCCGUUUAAGGUGCGUUCAGGCGGCUACCUUGGAAGUCUGGAGAGCGAGAGGGGUCGGUGUGCACUGACCCCUCUCGCUCUCCAGGCUUCAGGUUCCUUUCGACCAGCUCUUUGGGGCUGGCGGGGGGAAGCCCACCACCAGCCCCAAAGAGCAGGUCAGGGAGCAGCGGAAAGGCGCAGCGGAGAGACUCCUGGCAUAGCCGCCCGUCACCUCUCCAGCCGGGAGAGCGCGCACGGGGCUAAAGCAGCCCCCCGCACCCCUCUCCCGGCUGGAGAGGUGACGCGCGGCUAUGGCAGGAGCCUCUAUAGCCGCAUGUCACCUCUCCAGCAGCCCCGCGCGCGCUCUCCCGGCUGGAGAGGUGACGCGCGGCUAUUGAGGCUCUUGCCAUAGCCGCCCGUCACCUCUCCAGCCGGGAGAGCGCGCGCGGGGCUAUGGCGUCUUCGCUCCAUAGGACGCACACACAUUUUCCCUUCAUUUUUGAAGGGAAAAAAGUGCGUCCUAUAGAGCGAAAAAUACGGUAGUUCAGGCACCAGGAUCUGCCCUUUAUCUUCCACUAUGAAGACAAACACACACAAAAAUUCACUUUCUGUGCAAUCGCUUUAUCCUCCUUUUCCACACCUCAGAUUCCCUUAUCAUCCAAGGGCCCAACUGCUUCCCUAGCAGAUGUCCUGCUACAACUGUAGUUGAAGAAAUUCUUGUUGUUGGUUUUAGUAUUUUUAGCAAUGUGCUUCUCAAAUUAUUUUUAGCAAUCUUUAUUGUCUGCUUGCAUUUUUUUGGCCAAAGUUUGUGUUCCUUUUGUUCUCUUUGUUUGGACAAGACUUCUGUUUUUUUAAAGGAGGCCUUCUUGCCUGUAAUAGCUUCUUUGGCUCUGCUUGUUAAGCGUGCUGGCAUCUUCUUGGCCAGGGUGAUACCAUUUCUGAUCUGUGGUAAACAGCCAGUGGAACUCCCAGCUAAGUGUAUAUAGGAUUGCAGCCAUACCUAAUUCCAGGCAUGGCAGAUUAAUAAACCAUACUCAAAACUAUAAACUAUUACACUGACAGCCACUAUUAGCAAGCUAUAGCUUUUUGGCUAAAUGAUUGCAUUAAAAUAUUAUAUAGAUAAAGUGGUAUCUUAAGGGAAGUACCCUAUAACUACACCAACAAUAGGUGGAAAACGCAAUACUCUUAGCUAGAGGAAUUCCACUGGCAUAACAAUAUUUUCUUCAUAAACAGGAUCUGUUCCUUCAUUACUGUAAUUAUAUGUGAAUGCUGCUUCAGUAUGGCCAUUCUAGCAACGACAGGCAGUGGAAAUAUUUGGGCUAGGAAAAUGUCAUGCUUCUUUCUUGUGCCAGUGUUGCCCUUCCUGGGGCCAUGUAUAUUCCCAGUUUGGGAAGGAACUUGGAGCUCUCCCUUAUGAACUGGAUCUAAAUCUUUGCAGAAAUCAGCGGGGUUAGUGUCUCUUGAUACAAAUUAGUGUCACGAUGACUUGUGUUUGUGCUGAUUUGUUGGAAACAUUUCUCUGGGUCUUUGGGCUGGCAUGGUGCACUCCAACCAAAGCACUGCCAAUUCCAUUCUUGGUCAAGAGCAUCCUAUGUGUUGGUCCAGUGGUUCUCAUCUGUUCUUGGGCAGAUGACUAAUCCUUCAUGUUGCUUAGGUUGGUGGUCAGAGUGUGGGUGUGCAGUUCCUCUAGUCAUAAUUUACCACUCCUGGUGUGCAGACUUUCCAUGGGCUUGAGGUAUUCAGCCUUGGUGAUUCAGAAGCUUAUACUGAAUCUGAAAACUACCCAUCUUUAUAAGGCCACAGAAGUUCAACACUAUGGCACCAAGCUGUCAGCUCCCAACAAGUGUCCAUCUUGCUUCAAAUGCCAUUAGUCCUUUCUGCCCCACCCACCCCAGUCCCUAGAUGUAUGCCUCUCUUUAUUUUUUCAUAGUGAACUGGCUGCUAACUUAAACUCCUGGCUGUCAUCCCAGCCUUCAGAAUAGAGCCAGGCUGACUGGGCACACACAGUCUUGAAUAAAUAAAUACAACUUGAUUUUAAAAAUUGUGGAAGUAUGAACUAUAUUUAGCUGCCAUGUAGUACACUGAUGUAAAUUUGCCAGUGUCCAAUUCAAAGCUCCUAACUAAUAGGUUCUUAAUUUGUUCACAAAGGCCUAUUAUGGAUGUUUUAAACUUGUUUUCGUACUUGUGUUGUGUGUGUUUUAGGUUACUUUUACAACACUUCCUAUAAAAAUAUGUUGUAUUUUUCUUCCAGGGUGCAGUAAAAAGGCAAAUAGAGUUGUAUCCAGUUUAAACAAGAUAACCUUAACAUUGCUCCAUGCUUAUUUUCAGAAUGCUGUUAAUGAAAUGUUAUUGGGACGUUCUGUUAUUUUAAACAAGUGUUCUUUCUAUAAAAAGUUUUAGAGUCAUCCGAAAUGAAACAUACUUCUGACAGUACAAUCCUAUACAUGCCUACUCAGAAGUAAGUCAUAUUGAAGUUGCAGUCAUAUACACCUCACUGAGAAUAUACUCCACUAAAUGGAGUAGGACUUACUUCAGAGUUAAUGUGUCAAGGAAUGCACUGUGAAUGUGUUUAUUUUACUGUAUUCAUAUUUUAUGGGAAAUUAAAACGCUGUAGAAAAAGCAAAUAGAAAAUGAAUGAGUUUUGCAAUGAGUGGUGAUUCCUUCCAGAUGGUGUCAUGGGGCCUCUAAUGGGCCACCCUAAAUCUUUCUGGAAGUAUCAACCAGUUUAGGCAUAUAUUUUGGGGGUGGAGUAGGACAGGUAUCUGGUAGCCACAGACCCAUCUACAUAGAACUGGGGGUGGGGAGGAACAACAACAACAAGCUCAGAGUCAUCUCUCUGUGCUGUGCUUGCAACAUAAAUGGAAGGAAACCUAAGUAUUUUCAGAUGUCUCUGUUUUUGCUCAUUAGUAGAUAUCUGUGGCUUCCCACAUCAUGGCUAAAAGCAAUAUGGAUUAUUGAGCUUGUAUCUUGGAGCCUUCCUCUGUAUUUAAUCUUGCAUCUGAUGAUGAUCCUAAGUCAGAAACUCAAAGAAUACAGUCGUACCUUGGAAGUCGAACGGAAUCCGUUUGACUUCCAAAAUGUUCGGAAACCAAUGUGUGGCUUCUAAUUGGCUGCAGGAAGCUCCUGCAGCCAAUCAGAAGCCAUGGAAUCCACAUCAGACAUUCGGGUUCCAAAGAAUGUUUGCAAACCAGAACACUCACUUCCGAGUUUGUGGCGUUUGGGAGCCAAAACGUUUGACUUGCAAGGUGUUUGGGAUCCAAGGUACGACUGUAUAGCACAGCGGAGACAUAGUCAUCAGGUUCUGGAACCAAUAUUGUCCCAGCCUGAUCCUGAAACUUAGACUUGUAGCUUACUAUGUACAGAUAAACAAAAUGUGGGCUUUAUAAAAAUGCUUCCAGUUUUCAUAAAGAGCAAAAAUGAAGAAAGCUUGAAUUGCUUUUAUCAAUGAUACAUUGCCCAACCUCUGUAAUUCGUGGAUGUCAGCACUAGUUCAGAAUAAACAAUUUGGCUAGAAUUUGACUUUUCCUUCUCCCCAGAAUAUCUCGAUUUGAGGGUUGGUUAGCAUAAAAAUUAUAGGCUUCAUUAAGCACUGGUAUUGGUUGCACUAUUAUAUGACCACACAAUUCUUCUAAAGCAGCAUAUUGAACUUGCUUCAGAUAAUGUGAUUUGCGAGACCUUUGUUGAUCUUAAAAUGUUUCUCAUUCUUUAUGGGUAUCUUUAGAAAGUCCAUAAACCAAAUGAGGGGGUAAAUCUUAUUUGAGAAGAUCUGAAUAUUUUUACAAAACAAUGUGGUUUUUGAAAGUGGAGAACAGAAUACAUGCCAUUCUAAAAGACUGUCAGCAAAUGGUCUGGCUUUGGGAAUGAGCUGUAGGCAUCAGCCUGAGAUGAGCUGGGAGAUGUGCUGGGGAAUUGGAGCUGAAGAGCAAGGCAGGAAUCAGAGAAGAGCAAUUAUCAGAAACCAAAAUCAAGGAGUAGCCAGGAGUCAGAGCUGUAGGGUGAAGCCAGAAGUCAGGCCCAAAGAGGAAAGAGGGACAAAUGAGUAGGCAGGCCCAAGGAGUAAGAAUCAAGAGUCCGAAUCGAAAGGUCACACAGUAAUGCUUCGCUGCCCUGGAGGCUAGGACCCAAAUCAGUGGAUUCAAGUCAAGAAAGGAGAUCCCAACUGAACAUCAGGAAGAACUUUUCUGACAGUAAGAGCUGUUUGACAGUGGAACAGACUCCCACAGGAGUUGGGUGGACUCUCCUUCCUCAGAGGUUCUUAAGCAGAAGUUGAAUGGCCAUCUGUCAUGUAUGAUCUGGUUUAGAUUCCUGCAAUCCAAGGGUUGGACUAGAUCAGCAUUUCCCAACCUUGGGCCUCCAGCUGUUUUGGACUACAACUCCCAUAAUCCUCAGCUAGCAAGACAAGUGGUCAGGGAUGAUGGGAAUUGUAGUUCGAAAACAGCUAGAGGCCCAAGGUUGGGAAACACUGGACUAGAUGACCCCCUGAGGUCCCUUCCAACUCUACUAUUCUGUGAUUCUAUGAAACAGGAAGUCCUUCCUGUCUGGGAGAGUCCAUUGGCCAGCCAGGAUGGGCAGGGCCAGACUUGAGGAUACUUGCUUCCUAGGCAGAUACUGUAACUUGUAGUUCUGUGGCAGCUUAAAUGAAUCUGAAGGUCCUCUUAUUUGAGCUCCUGACAGGGGCACAGUCUGCUUUUGGAUCGCAGUCUGAAUCUGAGACCUACAUACAGGAUGGGAUCAGAAACUGAACUAAUGUUCAGAAGAAACUGAAAUGUUACAUCCUACUCAAAACACUUCUGUGAAAUAACUGUCCCUGAAGAGAUUGUCAGGUCUUCUUAGUAGAUGAAAGGCCCUGAAUACAGAUCAUCUCCAUACAAGUGUCAAUAUAUGCAUUUGUGUGUAGACCCUCCAUGUGAUCAGGAACAUACGUGUCAUGACCCUAGCAUCAAGUAGUGACUAGAGCAUGGACUGGGAUGGAGGUUUCUAAAAGUCCCAGGGAGUGGACCUUGUGGCAAGGACUUCAGAGCUGUUGGGUAAAUGCCUUGACACCUGUACACGAUCUAAUCACCUGACUUCCUGAGAUAGUCCCCACCCUGCAAGAUAUAAUUCCCUCUCCCCAAAGAGUGACUGUCGUUAUCCCCAAGGACCUCAUAAACUGUGCUCCAGUCUGGCCACAACUUGAAUGCAGAUGGUUAGACUUACCAGAGGAGUGAAGGAGUAUGAAUAUCUAGGCCUCUAAAGCUUUCCACAUGGCAUAGAUAGCCAGGCAUAGUCGAUGGGAUAUCUUCCAUAUGUUGCCAUACUACACCUCCCAUCAUCCGUUAUCAUUGGCCAUGCUGGUUGAGGCUGAUGGGAGUUGGAGUCCAAUAACAUUUGGAAGGCACCAAGUUUGCUACUCCGGAGGAGUUAGUUGGGCACCAGACCUUAUUGGAGGAGGUUGCAAACUUAGGGGUGGUUAGUAUCCUGGCACUCCAAUCCCACCAGCUACUCUGCCUGGCUGAUUCAGGAUUCUCAUUCUUUUCCAUACCUAAGGUUGUUUGCACCUCCCUGGGCAGGGCACCACGCAUGGGAGGCACAUUUGAAUGCUUGUGACCCCAAGGUUGCACAAUGUCACACAAAAACAUCCCUCCCCCCCCCAGCAGCUUCCAAGUGGGGAGUGUUAAGCCGUAGAACGGAGUAAGAAACACAUGGCAAGACCUUUUAAAAUACUUUAAAGGUAAAAGCACUCCUGACAGUUAGGUCCAGUCGUGACCGACUCUGGGGUUGCGGUGCUCAUCUCACUCUAUGGGCCGAGGGAGCCGGCGUUUGUCCGCAGACAGCUUCCAGGUCAUGUGGCCAGCAUGACUAAGCCGCUUCUGGCGAACCAGAGCAGUGCACGGAAACGCCGUUUACCUUCCCGCCGGAGCGGUACCUAUUUAUCUACUUGCACUUUGACAUGCUUUUGAACUGCUAGGUUGGCAGGAGCUGGGACCUAGCAACAGGAGCUCACCCCGUCGUGGGGAUUCGAACCGCCGACCUUCUGAUCAGCAAGUCUUAGGCUCUGUGGUUUAACCCACAGCGCCACCCACGUCCCCUUAAAAUACUUUAGGAGGGCUCAAAACCACUGCUAGACCCUCAAAGUACAGGGCUACAAGAAGCCUUGAAAUAUUAAAUGCAUCACAUCUUGGAAGUCUCUGGAAGGGGGGCGAGUUGUGCUUAAAUUAUAAAACCUAGUUGGAGGCUGGGAUAGAUCACAGUGUAAUAACAUAGCGAGAAAGUUUCGCAAUAAGGAAGAACACAGGUGGGAUCAUAAAUCAAGGAAGUAGAAGUAGAAUUGGAAGGCAGAUCAACGUAGUAGGGUCAUUGGUGCAAUCAGGAAUCCUGCAAGAGUACAGCACUUCAUUUUCUGCCUAUAAUAGGUAGAUUUCUGGUAAGAGCUUUUCCAAGCUCCCUCCCUUUUAUUUACAAGAAAUCUCUGCAAACCAGAAGACAGGAGGAGAUGGACUCUCUACUGAACGUACAUAACCCUAUCUCCUGUUUCCCAGAAUCCCUUUAUGUCCCAGAGCAGCUGUCAGACACCACUUUGUACCAUGAAAGCAGAAUACAGAUUUGGCCAGCUCAGUGAUACAAAUCCAUUAGCUCUGCUCCUGGUAAGACAAGAUUCUGGACAGAAUUGCAGAUGAGCUAGUUACAUGCCAAGCAAAGGCAGCUUUCAGUUCCGCUGGUUUUAAUUGCUUGCUAUUUUGAAGCAUGAAAUCUUGCCAGGAUGAUUAAAACUGACGAUUUAUAGCCAUCUCACCAGAUAUCUGACACUGGUAACAUCCAGCAUUUACUUGGCACACAUAAGCAUUGCACUGAAUUAAUAGGAGUCGUGUGGGCAAGGCUCAGGGGCACAGCUGUGACUUAUUUGGUUGAUUCUAGAGACAUCACCUUGCCAACAAAGGUCCGUAUAGUUAAAGCUAUGGUUUUCCCAGUAGUGAUGUAUGGAAGUGAGAGCUGGACCAUCAAGAAGGCUGAUCACCGAAGAAUUGAUGCUUUUGAAUUAUGGUGCUGGAGGAGACUCUUGAGAGUCCCAUGGACUGCAAGAAGAUCAAACCUCUCCAUUCUGAAGGAAAUCAGCCCUGAGUGCUCACUGGAAGGACAGAUCCUGGAGCCGAGGCUCCAAUACUUUGGCCACCUCAUGAGAAGAGAAGACUCCCUGGAAAAGACCCUGAUGUUGGGAAAGAUGGAGGGCACAAGGAGAAGGGGACGACAGAGGACGAGAUGGUGGGACAGUGUUCUCGAAGCUACCAGCAUGGUUUGACCAAACUGUGGGAGGCAGUGGCAGACAGGAGUGCCUGGCAUGCUCUGGUCCAUGGGGUCACAAAGAGUCGGACACGACUAAACGACUAAACAACAACAACAAAGGCUGCAGAUCUGGGCCUGCUCUCCCAUUGCUUCAUUCUAGGUGUCAUAGUUUCAUUUUAGGCUAUUUGACUUGGUCGCAGUCGAGUUUUCUGUACCAUGCAGAGCUCUAUACUACAGUGGCACCUUGGAGAUAUUGUGGGCAAGGAUGACCAGACUCCAUUUCUCUCUAUCACUAGCCAAGAGUAUCAGAACAAUUUCUACCCAGGAUCUGCCAGGCAAAUUGCAGAACUGCGAUUCAUCUUCAGAUGGAAAGUUAACAAAAUGCAGUUCUGCAGAAUAACAUGAAGGGACACAGAUUGAGGUGGGGGAGUGGGAAAAUGUCACCAACUCUGCAUGUUCACAAUCUAGAAAAUAUUUUCCAUUAUUUGCUGAGAGAUGUAUUUCUUGUAACUUGCUAGUAAUCUGUUAUGUACACUGUUUGGGACUAUCCAUAAAAAGGGUGGUAUUGAAGUCAUUCCAGUCACUAUUCCCCCUCCAUGUAAAACAAUUGGGCAGGGGUGAGUGGGUUGGUCCAAAAUGAAAUAGUUACCAGCUCUGGAUAUUUUGGGGAACAGUAUUCUUUGCUUUUUUUUUCAUAUAAGCCACCUCUGUAAAAUGUUUAAAAAGACAGACUAUAGAUGGCAUUAAUUUCUGCUUUGGGUGUGUCAGCACAUUGCAAAUAAGAGGCGAUUUAUAGUUAGCAGGGCCGGCCCAAGACAUUUUAGCACCUGAGGGAAAAUGGUGCCUCCUUCCCUGCCAGGGAAGAAGGAGUGAGCGAAGAUUUGCAACAGCAACAAGGGGGCAAUAAAGAUCUGCUUCAGGAUCUGCUGCCUCUGUGGAUCCUGUCACCUGAGGCAGUCGCCUCACCUUGCCUCAUGGAUGGGCUGGGCCUGAUAAUUGGCCUCAGGACCACUCAACAUCUUGCUCAUUCACUGUGUGAAUUAAAACCGUCAUACACCAAGCUUCAAACUACUGUUUUAAUUUUUUUGCAGGAGACACAACCGUUAAAACAAAAACAGGAAACAUCACAGUAGGUAAGUUGAAGGGUGUUUGUUUUUACCUGUGCAGAUGUCACGUGUGGGCAGCUUUUCGGCCCCUGGGCAACUUUUAAUUGUGUAGCUGCUGAACGAUUAUUAUUAUUAUUAUUAUUAUUAUUUCAUAAACGACAUCAGGUAUGGAGCAGGUAAAAACCCAGCUCAGCCAAAAGUGUGUUUGCAGACAUUGUUGAUCAGGGGAGCCUGAAAAGCUCCUUCAAAACUCUUCUUCUGAAGCUUUCCUCCGCUCACCUUAGACGUUCCCGAGCUCCACUGAAAUCAGUGGUGCGAAAGAGAGUUAGAUAUUUAAGUUCCUUAGAUUUCAGCAUGACUGACUCCUGCUGUCUUGUGUCUGUUAACUCUUUAACACUGUGGUCUGGAACUCUUUUGGAACAGCCGUGAACUUAUAUAUAUUGUCUUAGCGGGGGAAUAAGAUACAGCAUAAAUUAAAAGUUUAAGAACAUCUCAUAAAAGGAGAUGUUCUUAAAUGAAUACAUUUUUGUCUUGGGAUGUAGCGACCAUAUAGGCAUCUAAAGAGUGUAAUCAAUAGGGAAGACAAAGCAUUGCGACUCAAAAAAUGAAAGACGAUCCUUGUGUAAUAUACAUUCCAGGCAUCUGGUGUGUAACAAGACACUCAACCAUAAUUCUAUCCAGAUUGUUCAACCUCAUGCAGGCAAUAAUUUCCAUUCAGCUGGGCUAUCAAAAUGAAUUUGUAAUACUUUUUCCAGCCUUGAUGGCAUGUAUUUCAUUCAGCAUCAAUGCCUGCUAUUUUUACCCAGGACACCUAAUGAAUAGGAACCUUGAAUUUGUGCUUUGCAUCCUGGCAAGAUUUGCCCUAAAUUCAGAAUCAAUAAUUUAUAAAACCUGCACAGUAACCCCACUGGAAUGAAUAAAGUCUUGGGAGGCUGAAAAUCCAUAAUUUUCCUUAUUUUAAUGAUCAUUAAAAUGGGGUGGGGAAGGUUCUCUCUGAUUACACCAGAAGUUGGCUGUAGAAUGUACUGAUUGGCUGGGGGUUAUGACAUCACAAUAAAGUAAGUUAGACCCCUUAAAACUUCAUUGACUAUCAUCUUGAAGACCCAAUAUUUGUUGAAGGUAGGUAGAAGCUGGACUUGCUUGGGGGUGGGAAUAAUCCCACCCACACACACAGUGUAGUCAGUUUUUAAAGGCAUGUAUGAAGACGCUGUUGUUUGUGGUGGUUCAUUCUUGUAUCUGCUUCUUGUAUUUAUUGAGAUCCAUAUGAUGUCUCAUCACUCCCUUAGCAGAGAGAUUAUCUCUUCACUCGUUGGAGGUGCACAAUUGUGCCGUAUCUUCUUUGGGCACACAAUUGUAUAAAGCUAAAGGUAAAGGGACCCCUGACCAUUAGGUCCAGUCGUGGCCGACUGGGUUGCGGCACUCAUCUCGUUUUAUUGGGCGAGGGAGCCAGCAUACAGCUUCCGGGUCAUGUGGCCAGCAUGACUAAGCCACUUCUGGCGAACCAGAGCAGCGCACGGAAACACCAUUUACCUUCCCGCUGGAGUGGUACCUAUUUAUCUACUUGCACUUUGACGUGCUUUUGAACUGCUAGGUUGGCAGGAGCUGGGACCGAGCUCACCCAAUUGCGGGGAUUCGAACUGCCGACCUUCUGAUUGGCAAGUCCUAAGUUCUGUGGUUUAACCCACAGUGCCACCUGCAUCCCUAACAAUUGUAUAUAGGCAUUUAAAAAGAAGAAGGCAGUAGAGGAGUUUCCCAGGAACAACACUUUCCCCUGGGCCCUUCUGUACAACCACUCAAAACAGCCACUGAAGCAAUAACAUUUGAUGCUGGGGCAUUUUCUCCUCAAGAAAGCUGCUCUUUUACUUCAUCUCCUAUAUCAGCUUUGAUUUUGAAUAUCAGAAAUCAGACUGGGGAAAUGGCUUCUUGAAAGAGGUAGAAAACUUCCCACUCCCUGGUAAAUAUUCUGCUUUAAAGACCAAACACAAUUUAUUGUAACAUUUUCAUGGCAGAAAUGGCGUAUCUGGGGGCUGGGGGUGGGGAUUGAUUGUCAGGACUGUAUAUUCCCUCCUGAGAUGCAAAACAUUCCAAAUUUUCAUAAAGCGUUUCAUUCUGUGCUGACUUCAUGGCUGUGGUUUAUAUUCUGUUCUUGUAUCAGUUUCCCAGACCUAGUGAGGUUCAUAUGGCUCACUGCUCUGUAGAAUAUUUGCCAAGCUUCAAAUAAUGUGAUCCAGAAGGACGCUCACGUCAGAUUGGCUUUCCCCCCUAUACGCACGUUCAGCAACUUUCCUCUCAGUUUGUGAACCCAGAAUCUCCAGAGUUUUUUUGUUUGUUUUUAAGCAGAUCCGUGUAGUUGUUGGGUGUCCUGGCACUGACUGAAAGCGAAAUGGGAAACUUUGGCACAAAAAUAAUGCUAAGAAGAAAGCCCAAAGUGUGUUUUGUGUUUCUAAUUUAUGAUUUAUGGAUCCUGCUGCCUUUUAAAAAAAAUAUUCUGGGUGAUAAAUAUGCAAACCUGUGAGUGAGCAAUUAGCGGUGAAUAGUAAGAUAGCCAAAUUUGCUGCUGACACCAUUUUUUUCAGGGCAGGAACAAAAAAAAGAUUGCAAAGAGCUCUAAAAGCAUCACUCCAAACUUGGUGAAUGGGCAUUAGAUGUGAUUCAGUGUAAGCAAGUGUAAAGUAAUGCACGUUGGGGCAAAACCCUGAACUUCACUUAUGUGCUAAUGGGAUCUGAACUGGUGAUGGAGCCUAGGGAAGCUCAGUUGGCAUGAGACUCUUAAUCUCAGGCCCCACGCUGGGCAAAAGAGUCAUGCAUUGCAGGGGUUGGACUAGAUGACUCUGGGGGUCCCUUCCAACUUUACAAUUCUAUGAAAUAAAAAAGGAAUUCGAUGAAUUCGCACGGACAGAAACAGGGUCCAAUCAUGUGGGUCAGGAAAGGCCUGGGCAAAAAGAUAAAGUCCUUAUAAGAUGUCUGAUGCAGCUGAUGAAUGCCAUUUAUUGUAGAGGGAAGGGCAUCCCAUAAUAGAGGAGUGAGAGCAGGAAAUGCCUGUUUUAUGGUCACCGCUCUAUAACAGUUUGUAAGGUACAGCACUAUAAGUAGAAUUUCUGCAGGUGUUCUUAGUGAUCUUACAGGCGGUAGAGGGGCAGGCAAAAUGCAACUCUUUGCAAACUGCAACUCUUUUAAAAUGCAACAUCUGGAUCCCAAUGUAAGUCAGAAAUAAAACACAGAGGGAGAGAGGUGGGAUCUUCUCAUUAGCAUACUCCAGCUGCAAUUUCCAGCAUGGCUCACUUCCUUGAGACUCUUUUGUAACCCUGCUCUUGCCCACAGGUAGAAGUGAGGGGCCACAUGGGGUGGGGGUGGCAAGAGUUAUUGGAAACACGAAACAGUUAUAGCCCAGUUCUCAAGAGUAGCAACAGCAUUUCAGAUUCCUAGAGCCUGGAACUCAUAUCUUUAUUACCUCACAGUGUGAUUCAGUAAGUCCCAGUGCUGUUUCUGACCACUAAUGUGCCCAGUUACCAGCAUUGUUGUCGCCGCCCCCUGGCCAGCAUCUAAAUCAGUUCAACAGCUGUGGCUGUUAAAACAAAAAACAAAAGCCCUGCUCUCGCCAAAGGUUUGCAAGAUCAUGCUGAGAAACUCUGGUCAUAUUAAACUGAUUUGCUACACUUGAUUUCCUCUUAAUUCGAUGACGGCUGCAUCUGAUGUGUCUCACCAGUGGAAACAGGGAAGCAGGAAGAAACAGAUCAACUGGAAUCCUAUUUAUGAUUGGGAAAGGAGCCCUCUUUCUCAUUAUUCUGAGUGCUCAACUCAUACAUUGGUCUCUUUCCUUAGCAUAUCAAACCCUAAAUAGCUCUUGAUCAGAGAACCCUAAGCUUCCUUACCAACUUAAAUUUAAUUCAUUUUAAAGGCUGCUGUGAUUAAAAAUCCAAAAACAACCACUGCAAGUGGUCUGCAGAUUAUUUCCCCCUUUUCUCCAUAAACCUUAGCUUCCUUUGUUACAACUUAGAAAGCUGAACAAAAAUGGGCUUUGCAUCAGUUGUGUGUUUAGCCCCAGAAAUCUGUCUUUCAUAAACUGAAGCAAAUCUAUCAAAACUGUUCCUUCCACUUCAUCUUCUGUGCUCGUCAAAACCAAGUUUGCUGAAAUAUCUCAGGAGCAUCACAUCGUUUAUCACAGCCAUCUGUACCUUUUAGUUUUGCUCUCUGCCUUCCCUAGAGGGCUGCCCUAAAAACGGUUAAAUUUAAGCUCGUCUCAUUUUAUUCACAAUCAAUGCAAUGCAGCUAAGCUUAGUUGCAAGUUAGACUCAUGGAAAGGUAUGGAACCAGGACGGUGAUUAAGUUCUUUUGAUUCCAGUGGGAAUUAACUAACCUUUUGGCUAGAUUGUGCCCAGUGUCCUCUAUUUGCAGCUACAGUUUCAAGGUUGACAUGCAAACAUAGUAUAUAUCCCCUCCAACAUGGAGCAGGUGCUGAAGCUGAGGCUGCAAGUUCCAGAGCUCUUUUUUGGGACAAAACGCACUUAGAUCCUACCCGGCUCUUCAACAGGAAAGAAGAGGGCCAUUCUUCUUUGGGGGUCAAAAUAGUAGAUCUUUGUUUUUAAAAAACGAACAGCUCCAUGUGUACAGCCUUAACUGUUGGAUUGGGGAGGGGAACAACGCAUGCCCUCCCCUUGUAGCAGAGCAAUCUUGAGGCUUUGCAGAGGUGUGGAGUUGUAAGUGCAUCCCUAGCCCAGAAGCGGAAGGGGGGGAGAGAGAAGAUUGGGCCUGAUCCCUGUGCCUUCUUUAGGCUUCUGUAGCAGUUGGGCCUGGAUCAGGGCUUCUGCUGGCUGACACCAGCAGCGAGAGCAGCUUGGAAUCUAGCUGAUCCCAGGCCGGUUCAGAAUGUCCUGUUUCUGGGCCUUUUGUUAGGCUCCACUGGUGGGAAUAUGGCUGGCAAGCUCCACACCUGCAUGUUCAACAGGUGGAUGGGGAAGGCUUGUGCCAGCAAGGUGAUACGAGCAUCACUAUGGCAGCUGGUGAGAGGCUGCAGCUCACAUAAGGCAGGUUUGGAUUGCAGUGUAGCUAAAACUGUGGAUGUAAAACUUCCACAUGCGUUGUCCCAGGACUGGGUUGAUAGUAUCUUUGAUCUUUCGUAUAUAUUGGAUCCUCUGUGUCCACAAUGAAUCUCUGGGACAGGACAAGGAAAGGAAACUAAGAAAGCAUAUUUCCUGUCCCUCUUUCGUUCCGGGUUCUCUGAUAACACCUGUAAGAAGCUGCACAUCCCAAAUGCUGACUUUAUAAAUGUAUUCUAAUUUAAAUUCCUGUCCUGGAAAUGUAGUUGUCCAGCUUUAGGAAACGCUCCCAACAGCAUUCCAGAUGGGAGACGCCCUAUUAAUCUGAAGACUGGGAACGCAGUCAUUUUCUGACUUAAUUCAUCAUUUAUCAUGGCCUGAGCGUAUUUCAAAGUUUUGCACAGCAACAGCCACCUUCAGUAAUCUGGCUACUCCAUUUAAGCUCCUUCUAUGUUUUCUACAGAUACUGACUAAAAAACCCCAACCCCAAAUCCCGUUGUUUUUUUCCAACCGAUGAACCAGAGUGGCUGCGUUCCAGUCUCUCUCACAGGCCGACGUAUCAAAACUCCUUUCAGGCUGGGUGGGACAAGGAAGCUGUCUUCUCAUCAUUGGUUGUUUACCAUUUUUCAAAGCCAAAAAGAUGCUGUCACUUUUUCAAAUGACCUGAGCUGGCAGCUCUGCUUUUCUUCUCAGGAAGAGAUUGUGUUCCCUUAUUUCAUUCACAUUCCUUGGCAUAUUAUCCAGCUGUGUUGUCAUGCACCCCUGGAACUGAAAGCGCAUGAAAUUGUGUGAGCAACUUCCAGUGCAUCAGUUAAGAACAGAGUGCCUUUCUGAAUGGUGCAGCUUGCAUUUAAGGCUGCAGUUCUACAUGGAACCCUGACACUUUUAUAGGAUCUUUUGACAUAGAGAGCUGAGCACACUCCAAGAGUAAAUUAUGACAUCAAAGGUAAUUCUAAUAUAUCAAAAGGGAAUUAGCAUACAUAUUGAAUAUACGUGAAGAGAUGUGAAUUGACACAGACCUUCCUAAACUGUACACUAACAACAGGCUAAGUUUCAUAGAAUUGUAGAGUUGGAAGGGACCUCAAGGGACAUCUAGUUCAAACUCUUUCAAUGCAAGAAUCUCACCUAAAGCAUCCAUGACAGAUGACCAUCCAACCUCUGCUUAGAAACCUCCAAGGAAGGAGAGUCCACUACUCCAAGGAAGUCUGUUCCACUGUUGAACAGUUCUUACUUUCAGAAAGUUCUUCCUGAUGUUUGGUCAGAAUCUCUUGUAACUUGAAGCCAAAAGAGCUUACAGUGAAUAAGCAAGUUAAAACUAAUUAUCUGAGCUCGCGGUUCUAAAGCAUGCCUGAAAACACAUGGAAGAACUAGGAUGCAGUAAAACUGGGCAGGGCAAUGAGAGAGUGACAAAUGUUGGCUGAAGGAGUAAAGGUGGUAAAACAAGGAGGCUUGGACCACUCGCUUUAGAGAGAAAAGGGCAAGAUGUCGGAGGUGGAAGGGAGUUUGCAUGGUGUCAGGAGCUGGAGUCAGCGAUAAAACAAUCAAGCACCCAAUGGCAGUGAAGUUAACUCUUUAUUCAAAGAACAAAACAGCUCAGUCAUAGUGAUCCCAGCAACUCUGCCAACAAGGCAGUUGCAAGGACUGGAGGUCCCUGCCUUCCCACCGCUCUCCUUCCCCAGUACCCUGAGGCUUCAUCAUCUUGCCUCUUGUUGUUCCUCCCUCUUCAUUUCUCUGCGUGUUCUGGGAGACCAGGGGGAGGGGAGCUGGUUGCAGCAAGAGGGAGAGACUCCCUGGAUUCUUCAGCAGCCUGCCUCAUUUCUGCCUCCUGUAACUUCUUCAUUAGCCAUUUAGGGAAGAAGCAAGGAGUGACACGUUGGGUGAUCACAUGUUGGCUUAAUGCUUCCAGAAGGAGUCUGAUGCUCUUUUGUUUACUUUUGACAUGGCAAAGAUUUACAGUGAAAAGAGGUGGCAAUUAGUGGAUUAUGCAAGAGGUGCUUGCUUGAACAUACUUUACCUGAGUUGCUAGUAAUGGAGGGUCUUUCCUUGCCUCUGCAGGUCAAAACAGAACUUCCCUUCUUAGGUGCAGGCUCCUGUAAUUCUAGCAAAAGCUGGAUUUUAGGGGUACUUCAUAACAGUGGACAUACAAGGCCAGGAUCCUACUCUGAAAUGGCCGAUGCAGUGAUACAGUCCAAACAUCCGUUGCCGGCUUCUACAGUGGUAGCAUUUUCUGAAGAAAUGAUUGCCGCAAAAGUUGGUUGGGAAUAAAAAACGGAAUGUUUGGUGCAGCGAGCUUUCAAGCCUAAUUGCAAGAACAAAUUGUUCUCAAAGACCAAGUGAUAGACAUGAUGAGAGAUUAUCAUGACAAAAGUGGUCACUGGGGGGAGGGGCACAGUGGUGGUGGUGUUCAUUCAAUUUAUAUAUCUCCCUUUAUGCAGGCGGCAUGCAAAGAAAGGCCUCAAAUGGUGAUCACAGGGUCUAGCUCAGUUCAUAUAGGGAAAGGCAGUCCUUGAGGUAUGUAAAGCCAUUUAAAGCUUUACAGCCAGCACUUUGAAUUGGGCCCAAGAACUGCUUAGCAGCCGGUGCAGUUGAGCCAGGAUUGGUGCUACAUGUUCAAACCAUCUUGCCUCAGUGAGCAGCCUGGCCACUAAGUUUCUGAAACAUAUUCAAAAGCAGCCCCACAUAUAACAUGUUGCAGUAAUCUAGCCUAGAGGUUGCCAGAGCAUAGAGAACAGUAGCUGAAGCUGGUUGAAGGCAUUCUGCGCCACCAAAGCCACCUGAGGCUCAAGUGACAGCAAUGGAUCCAGGAGUACACCCCAAGCUGCAUACCUGCUCCUUCAGAGGGAGUGUUACCCCAUCAAGAGCAGGCCGCCUCCCAUCCAUCUGUUCAAGCAAGCUACCCACUAACAGUGCCUCAGUUUUAUCUGGGUUGAGCUUCAGUUUGUUGGCUCUCAUCCAUUUCAUUACGGAGGUAAGACAACGGUCUGGCACAAUUGCCAACCGCCAUACCUGCAGAUGUAAAGGAGAAAUAGAGCUUUGUCCCAUCAGCAUAUGGCUGAUAACAGCGCACUCCAAAACUCUGGAUGACCCCACUCAGUGGUUUCAAGUAGAUGUUAAGCAGCAUGGGGGAUAAUAUUGAACCCUGAGGAACCCCAAGCAUCACCCUGGAAAUGACUAUCCAAGUAGGAUCAGAACCACCACAAAGCCCACUCCCAACUUGGAUAGCCGUUCCAGAAGGAUAUCAUGGCCGAUGGUAUCUCAAACCACUGAGAGGUCAAGAAGGAUUAGCAGGGACACAUUGCUCAUGUCUCUCUUCUGAGGCAACCAGGGCAGUUUCUGUGCCAAAAACUGGGCCUAAACUCUGCUUGGAUCAGUUUCCUCCAUGUGCACCUGGAUGGGGUCCACAUUGAUGUGUGUGUAGCAAACACAGGCUAUAAUAGCACAUUCUUGCUCUUUUUCUGGGAGGGGUGAUCUGUCACAUACAUGGCCCAAGAGCUUUGUUAAAAGAAAAACUAUGAACAAGUUAAAUGCAUUUAUCAUUGCUACAGGACAAACCCUGGAAACCUGAGGAACAAACCUGAAUCAAGCUUUUGGUUUCCACUAGUUAAAAAACUCUUUCAAAUAGCUCUUUCUUUUUUUGUCUAGUUGCCUGGUUAUCUCUGAGAUUUAGCUUUCAAACCGCCAUGACGUUUUCUGUUCCUUGUUAAUAAAUCCUUUGGAUAAAAUAAGUACAUGUUGGGGAAAAAUACUGGCAAUUCAGCCAUAGUCUGCAAAGAUUUUUAGAGCAUUUCCUGUUGUUUAGCUUCUGGGUUCAGCUUCAGAUGUAAACUCUCUUAAUAUAGGGUUUAAUUUUUUUUACAAAAAAUAACAAGCAACCUUUGUUCCCUAGAGUUUGUGCAAAUUAGCUUUUGAACAACUUUUAAAUGCAAGCUUUUCUUUCAGUGUAUGUAUGUAGGGGGAAACAUUUAUCAAAAGCCUGGAUAGCAUGCAGAGACAGUUUAGAAAACAAUGUUAGGUUUGUUAUCUUUGUAUCUUUGAAAACAUGCUCCUUUUAGAAUCAUCCAUACAUCAUUUUGCUUUUGGUGAACCCUUCUUCCUGUUUUCCUAGAGGAGGAAAAAUGAAAAUGUCUGGUGAAAAAUAUCUACGUGGUUAUCAUGAACAUUUUGAGAAGAACUAAGCUAUGUUACCAUCUCUGAACAACUGCAGAUGUUCUUUCUAUGUAGAUGUUCAGUGAGUCUCAAACUAUCUAUUAAAGUUUAAAUAUAGAGAGAACAUUGUGUCCCUUCUUCUCUCUUCCCCCACAAAAACUCCACGGCACUGCUUUCGCCCUAGGAGCAAACAUUUCAGAAACAGCCUUUUAAUAUGGGACUCACAAAAUAUACAUACUAUUUCAUUGGAACCCACACGGCUCAAAAUAUUUUCAUUCUUUUGUUCUUUAGAUUCCUCCGAAGGAUUCCUGAAAGCUUCUACACAUCAUGGGGAGAUAGAUGUUUACAUUAUCAAUCAAAAGGGGGAAGUGGAUCUGAAAUCUCAGGAAGGUUAGUAAAUAGUAAUUUUGUAUGUGAAGCUCUUACAGCUGAAGCACUUUUACUCAACAGCAGGUUCUUCUGAUUUCAAUGGGAUUUGGGGCCAAACGAAAUGUAGCAUUAUGUGUAAAUAACCAAUAUGCAAAGUUCUUGAAAUUUGCACUUCAACUCUGUGGAAAAUAUGAUUUCUGCUCCCUCUCGUUCUUUCUUACAUUUGUGCUGAGUGAGUCACUUAAAUUACUAUGGCAGAAAUGAAGUUAACCUCCCUCUCAAACUGUAGAGCUCAAUCAGGGCUUCCCGAUAAAGUAUGAAGAGAGUAACCCUUUCCAACAAGAAAAAGCAGAGGUGGCAUGAGGAUCAUCAUGCUAUUAACUUCUUAGGUGUUCACUGCAACAUCCAGACUUCGCACACACAAACAGUAUACAGUCAAGAUUUGUUUUCCAAUAUGGGCUGUGAGUCCUGGAAGAUCUGAUCCCUGCUUUAGUAGCCACUUUCCACUUGGCCUAGGAGAGUGGAGCUCUGCCCGCUUGCUUGUCUGACUCCAGCUACAAAAGCUGAGGCUGCUGAAGAGGCCCGGCAGCAUCUUGGCUGUGAGUCCUGGGGGACCUGCUCACUGCCUUGCAGGUCUUUUCCCACCUGGCCUGGGAGGGAGGAGAGAUGACUGACUCCAGCUAUGAAAGCUGAGAAUGUUGAACAGACUCUUGGGCAGGGGAUUGCUUAGGGGGUCUUGUUGCUAUUGUUGCUAUUAAUUAUAUUUGCACCUUUAAUUUUUAGAUGUUAUGAUUUGUGUGGAAAUGGUUUAUGUAGUUUUUGAUGUGUUUUAUUUCUUAUGGCUACUUUUGUUUUGUUGGUAAUUACAUAAAGAUUUUCAUGUUGUAAGCCGCCUUGAGCAUGGUUUUAACUAUGGAAAGGCAGCAUACUAAUACAGUGGUACCUCGGGUUAAGUACUUAAUUCGUUCUGGAGGUCUGUCCUUAACCUGAAACUGUUCUUAACCUGAAGCACCACUUUAGCUAAUGGGGCCUCCUGCUGCUGCCGCGCUGCCGGAGCACGAUUUCUGUUCUCAUCCUGAAGCAAAGUUCUUAACCUGAAGCACUAUUUCUGGGUUAGCAGAGCCCGUAACCUGAAGCGUAUGUAACCUGAAGCGUAUGUAACCUGAGGUACCACUGUAUGUUGAUGAAAGCAGCCAGCACAUCGCUUUGGAACAGGGGCAUCCAAUUCUGCCCUCCAGAUGUUGUGGACUCUAGCUUCCAUCGUCCCUGACCAUUGCCUAUACUGGCUGGGGAAGAUGGGCUCUGGAGUCUAAAAGAUCUGGAGCUGCCAUAUUGAUUUCCUUUUGCUGGGUAAAAACAGGAAGCCCACUUUUCUCAUGGAACUCUGUUUAAAUUUUUUUUGGGGGGGGGGUUCUCUGACCCAUUGUGGCUUAUGCCUGUCACCUUGAAUUGUCUUAACACAAAUCCUUUUGUUCUUGUGUAUAAUAGGCUCCAUUACUGUCAAGGUACCUGCAACUCUUCAAGCUUAUCUGCAGUUAUCUGGGAGCAAGGUUGAGGUGAGCCCAGAGAUCCAGUUACAGGAGACUCAGAAUGCCUCCAGGGAGGACCGCAUAACAGUUACAGGUGAGUCUUGUCUUGUAGACACUCUCCCCAUAAAACUUUGCUUUUAGGUAUGAAUCAAAUUACUCUGUUAAUUAAGUGUAUGCAGUCAGGUUUGCAACCCUUUGCAUGGGUGCAAAUUAUGUUUGUAUCAGAUUUCUCCCCAUCAUUUUUAGCCUAAACUGUAGUUAAUGCCAGUGCCUAGGCAAUGCUUAAGUGGGGUUAACCUAGGAGGAAGGGAUGUGGUGGGGAGAAGCAAUCUUGUUGUCCACUCUAGAGCUUUUAGUCAUGGGAUAUCUGCACCGGGACUGUGAUGGACAAUUCUAAGUACAGAGAGCAUAAAUUCAUGCUUGAACUGCACAAAACAUCAUGAGAUUCAGUGGUGGGGGAGGGGGAGCUACCCUACUUUGCUAAAUGGAAAAUUCUCACAGAGAGCUGCACAUUGUCUCUAUUUUAGUCUUCUGAAGUAAGAGCUUGCUUCACAAAUAAGCGGCUCCUUGGAGAAUGGCUCAAAUGAUGUGUAUCUUGGGGGUGAUUGAUUUUUUUCUGCCGGGAAGAAGGAAAGAAUAGAUAAGUUCUGGUUUAGACUUGCCAGAUGUAAUUACUGUGUUUCUCAAUACCCUUUGCUGAUGUAGCACUUUAGAAACAAAAGGAAUGCUAGCAUAAAUCCAAAGUUUGCCUUGCUUGCUAUAGGCGAAGAAUACAUGGGAGACAUGGAAGGUUGAUUUACUUUUAUAAACCUCAGUUAUUUUCAGUCAAACAUAAUAAAAUAAUACACCUUCAGUACAGCUUUCAAGUCCUAGGGACAAACAUCCCUUUGAUACUCUGUUUUUUCCCCUUUAGAUUACUGGUAUAGGUUAUUUCCUUUUGUUAGCAGUCCAAUAACUUGUUCCCUGGCAAACUGCAGGAAAGAGUGAUUUGUUACCAUUGAGUCAAGAAUGCUCGUUUGGGUUUUGCUUCGUCAUAUCCAUGGACCACAUCAAGGGCCUUUAUAUAUCCAAGGGCUGGCACCAGUUUUGCUUGGACAGUCAAAGCAUAACUGAGGAGGCUGCUCCAAACUGCACUUCCAAGCUACGCACUUGUGUUUUGUUCCUCUAAUCUAAACAGCCUUUGAUGACACAAAUAUACACAGACACAGCCCAAUACACAAUUAUCUGAGCUCAGGCAAGGUCAUAGGAGAGUCAGAAAGGAUACCUGAUGAAGAAUCAAUGUUAGGGAAGUCCACCUGGCCAGUUUUCUUCUUACAUCAUUGCCUCUCUAUCCUAGUCUAUCAAAGACCUUCUUAUUUAAGAAGCCACUUAGGUUGAUGGAAGAGAUUGAAACUAAUUUUGUUGUUCUUGUCCAGGCUUUUCUCUGCUGCGGGUUAGAAUAGAUGUAAUAAUUGCAUGCCCAUGUUUGUAACUUUUCAUCGAAACACAAAUUUGAUUGCUUCGUUGGUUCAGAAGCAAGCCAUGCUCUUCUUAACAACGCAAGAUAAUCCCAGUAUGUGGGAAGGAGAACUGAAGUAAAAAAUAAAACUUGCAGAACUUUGUAGGGAAAAUAUUUUAGUGGCUCACCAGUUGGAGACUGAGUCAGUGACCCAUACUCAGUGGAAUACUACAAAUUGUGAACUAUGUGAAACAGUUGUCUUCUGUGAAACUACUGGAGGCCCCAAAACAGGGUGAAACAAUGGGGGUAGCAGCCAAGGAUCUGCUGGAUUUUAAAUUAAUUUUAAUUUAAUUUAAUUAAAUUAAUUCUUCGUCAUCCUUCACUAUAUUUAGUGAGCAAGCCAGGAAUAUAAACCACGAUUGAUCUCUCUUUCUUUGAAUGGACAACAGUUGAAGCUAUCCAGCAUUCGCUGCAUUCAGAUGUAACAGGGAACUUUCGUUAAUUUAAAACUGGAAGUGGUAGCUUUCAGUCUCCUGUGGCAGGUGGAAGGGAAUGGGGAAGUGUGGGAGCCCGUGGGUUGUUUACACAGCACUGAACUAUGACUUAGAGUUGCAUAUGAAGUGGUCUAUAGAGAGAGCAUUUGAAUAUUUUAGGCAAUGUUGACAUCAUUCUCAUUGUAUUAUUAACUUGUUGGAUCAAAUGGUUGAUCACUUAAUACAUUUGAUAUAUUUAUCUAAUUGAAUAAAAGAAAAGGCAUGUUUAUGUCAAGGCAAGUCUUCAGCAGCUUUUACAUGACUUAGCUAUUUCCCACCAGCCUUUAACUUCUAUAUGUAGUGUUUUCCAGCCAAGUAAUUUUGCUUCCCUAUUAAAACAAGCUCCUGUGGGAUUUUCCUCACAAUUUCAUUUAAAGGGUCGUGGAGUGAGUUCUCCACCUCUGGUGUUUCUCAUGAAGCCCAUUAUAUUUGCACAAGUUGUGAUGAUUAAAAUAUCUCGACCCUUUGUGUCACUGAGAAGGAAUGUCCCUGUUAAGAGCAAGGGAGCAACUUUGCCUUCUCUUGGUUUUGGAAGGAUGGCCCUGAAGUGCAGCUAAGUAUUCUGUAGCCUUCAUAUCAACAAAGAAAAACUUUGUUUUGGAAAAUGAAUGUAGCAAACGUAAAAAUAAACCAGCCGCAGGAGAAGACCCUUAGGACAGUUGAGCAAAGAGGCUUCCCAGACGCAACUGCAAGAAGCUAGCCAGGGCAUGUGGCAUUCUUUCCCCCAAAAGAUCUGGGGCAAAGAUGCUGUAUAUCUUAGACUCCAUUUAUUAAUAUGGAGUCAGGCUGUGUAAAUUACAAGCUUGGCAGCUACAUUUGGAGUGGGCAGAACAAGCAAAGGAGCCAUUUACAACGUUUUUAAUGCUCCCCCUAUAAAUCUCAGUGCUGUAGUAACUGCAAAUUAAAAAAAUAGAUUCCCCCAUCUAUAUUUAGCACCCUGCUCAUAUAUUCCAAAGAAAACAGGAGGUGAGCCAAGGCAUUUUCAAAGAUGGAGAGUCUAGCCAGUCUAUCAACGGAACCCAGCAAGCAUGCAGCAGCCAUAUUGCUAAAUAGUUUGUUUUGCAAAAUGACUCACAUUUUAAUCGUGUUAGAAAUGGACCUUUAAACUCCACUAGUUGUAUAAACAUCCCAUAGUAUGAUCUCCUGUACCUGUUUCAGGCAUUUUGCAGACCCAUUGCAGUGGGAAUGUUUUCCAACCCUGGGAUUUUUUGGCCAUCAGUAUUGAUCAAAGCAUGGUGAGAUUUCCACACACAACCCACCGCGGUGUGAAUUCUAAUGCAUGCUAAAGGCUGGGUGGUUUAUCAGGUGAUAAGGCCUUUUAAUAAGGUAUUUUAAUAUAUAACAUUCAUGAUUUUUAUUCCAUACUAAGAUGGUCAUUUACUGUUUGAAUACACUGGGCAGAAAUAGAGAGAGCGAAAAGUGUGGAGUCUUGUUCCAGCUCACAGUGAUAGGAGGGUACCAUGUUGGUCAGAUUACUGUAGUGUGCUUUAGGGUUUUAAAAAUUAUUAUUGAGAAAAUGUAGCCAUACCUUGGAGAUGAGGGGGCUAGGUGAGGUGUGAGCAUUAUAGAUCUCAAUGGCAUCAAAGACCUAAAGGCACUUUUUGAAACAGGCAAAUGUUUUUCCUAAGAAAAAGAGAAUAAAUUCAAAGAAAGCAGAAAAUGUUUUAUAGACUUCUUUGAAUAAACUUUUAAGACUGUGAGAACAGAUGAAUCAUUUAUUUCUCCAAAUGACAAAGCAAAAUAACAGUGUAUUGAGUGUAUUGAGGAAGAGGUCUUCCUUCAGUAACAGCCGAGUGACUAGGAGUGAAGCAACAACAUCAGAAUAGAAAUAAUCUGGCCACAGUGGUCUGUAUGGAUGCACUUUGCCACACCUGAUAGCACACAUUUAAGAAGUAAGCAAACUUUCACACAUUAACCACUUCAUAAGCUGGUGAUUUAUAUUCACCCAUUAUAUGUCUGGUGCCAGCCUUAGUGCCGUAUCUAGCACAAAAUUUGGCACUACGGGACACAGAGAUACAAAAUAUGGCAACUGUGUGCUUAUAGCAUAGAUGACUGGCAGUAAUUCAGAAGACUGAAUAAGGGGUCCAGAUGUUGGUUUUGGUAUCACCAGGAUUCUAGUGCUCUUGAAAGGUAACGGCGCUUGAAAUGUGUAUGUAAUAGUAGCUCAACUUCUUCAGAGGUCUCACAUGCGCUAGAUCUCUUUACACAUUUAUACUUGGGGUAGGACCAGCCAAUGUGGGUGCCUUCCAGAUGUUAUUGGACUCCCGAUCCCAUCAGCAACAGCUAACAUGGCAAAUGGAGAUGCAUCAUGGGAGUUGUAGUUCAGCUCAUCUGGAGGCUACCACUACUCCUGACCUGGAGCAUGAUCCUGCACCACCACAGAGGGAUUGUCAUUGGAGCUCAGUAGAGUCCCUGUGCACUUUCCUGUCUUCUUCUUGCUCUCCUCCCCAUCCAAGUGCAAAUCUGAACCCAGCAUAAAAAAAUGAUGUGGUAUUAAUGUAACAUAAAGGAGGCAAUAAUACGUUACCACUUAAGAAGGGUUUCAGUCUUCACCAGAGCCUGUUGCCUUUUCUCUUGUGGAUUAAAUUCUUGAAGUGACUCCAAAACAUGUAGAAUCGAAUAACUCAAGUGUAGAUGCUAAACGGCCACAGCUGAAAGAAGGCCUUUCUAGAAAGCUAUGCGUUUUUCAUUCACCGUGUGUUUUGGAUGGAGAGAGCCAGGUCCUGAGUACAUAAAUUGUGCUGAAUUUUAAAGAGGAAAUAGACCUUCAGGUGUAAAAAUAAAACGAACAGUCAUGAGUUUGAGAAGUGUUCUGUACACUAUGAGACUCUGUCACUGGCACCUGGUUUAUAUAGUGGCAGAGAAAACCUUAAAUCCAUCAGGAAAAAGAUCGGUAUUGCUUCAAAUACAGUAGGCCUCCUUAUACUGUUUUUAGUUGUACAUUUUGUGACUUAAGUAAAUAAUUUUGGCCAUUUUUCCUGUGAGUGGUAUGCUAACUUUUACUUCCUCCAAGGACAGUCCACUGUAGUUCGCACUUAUGAGAUAUGACUAAUUUCAACAGAAUAUUCUUAGGGGAAGGAACAGAUGCCUAAACUAAAUGCUUUCCCAUAAAUCAUUUGAGUUCAAACAAAGGCGCUAAAUUGUUUUAUGCACAUAAUAUCCUUCCAACUUAGCUACUCGUUCAUUUUCAUCUUUUGGAGGCUUACCCAGGUUACCUCUGGAAUACAGUUCUGCUUUGUUUUCUAAACCCAGAGGCUGAAAAUAGAUUUUGGAGCAUAGCUUAGCCUUGGAAGAUAAGAUUAAAGCAUAGAAGUCCACGGAUUCUAGUUUGCAUGGAGUGGCAAGAAAGUGAUUCAUUCAGCCUGCUACAGCAGUACUCAGCUUAUGGCCAGCAACAGAGACUGAGUCCCAAACUAGGAAUUGUGACAAAGCCUUUCCUCCUCCCAGGAGGGGAGGGGUUGUGAGCGGGAGACAAUUCCCGCGUCAUGCAGGGGGCGCUCCGCCCCCUGCCUCAACUCCAGGGCUGGCGCCACGCCCCUCCCCAGUUGGGCACCCAAUAGGGAAGCUCAGCGGGGGUGUGGCUUGCUGCUCAAACGCAGCCGCGCCAGCCAUCCCCACCAUUGCACACACAUUUUCUUUGAGUCACCCACCCUCCACUCCCUUUAGAUUAGCUGUUCCUGAGACUUUGCUAUGGACCUCUGGUUGGUCGCCCUGUUUAACCAGGGGGCCUGGUAGGAGUUUUUUCCAAUUGGCUAAAUUGGCCCAGCCUCUUGGUUUUUUUUCACCUACCUCGUAGCAACCAUCACAACUUUCGUGGUAUUUGGCGGUUAGGCAUUGGAAUGUGUUGUUGGUGUUUCAGGGAGCAAGGUGUGGCCAUCGCCUUCCCCGACAAUUUUGGGUAUUCCGCUAAAGGAAUCCUGCGGUCGUGGAUCCUGUCCGAUGCCCGUGUGGCGGGGGGCCAUGGCACGACCCUCGGUGACAUCAGGAAAAGAGCCUAUAGUUGGAUUAGCAUCAACAGGCUUCCCCUACUGGUGGUUAACCCCUCCUCAGAUUCACCCCUCUACAAGUGGGUGGAGUCUAAUGUUCCGUGGUCCAAUGCCUAAGCCAAUACCUUCUCACAUGCUGUAAUCAAUAAAGUUGUGGCCUUUACCUUACCCAUUAACCUUACAUUCUGUGUCCACAUGUCUUUAUUCCCCAAGCGGGAAUCGGGUCCUCGAAUCACAACCUGAAUUUAAGAGCUAGCUUUCUGCACCCACAGGGUUUGCAUUGGGAAAACAUGUUUCUAUAAUCAUGGACUAUCAGUAGGCUUGAUUUAAAAUCAACAUAAUGCAAAGACACAUUAUUCUUCCCCAAAUCUAUUCUGCUGGGGCUUUGCUGCGAUGAGUCAUGGUAUGAUGUCAAGGAAGAAACCAAGCCGCAGGACAUGAUUUAUUCCAGUAAAAAUUUCCAUGAAGGUAAAAAUGAAUCUGCUUGGGAAAAGGUCCCAGAAUCAAUUUGUGAAAUUAACUACCAUAAUUUUUCUUUUGUCCAUUUAGGCCAUAUGAAUCAACAGGAUAAACAAGGAAAAUAUAUUAAAGCAGAGACAGAAAAUGGCACAGUUCAUCUCAAAAGUCAAACCUGGUUCCAGUCUGUGAAACUGAAGGCCUCAUGAUGGAGUGAAUAAUCUUUACUUAAUCAAGAAACAAUGCAGAAAGUUUACUGUAAAUCUUGCCCAUUGUUUGCAUAUAAAAUGCACUGAGGCAUGUUUUAGUGUUUCUGGUGUCUUUGGCUUCAAAUGCUCAGAAAUCAAUGGAAACAACCUUUCCCCCCUAACUUUUUUAUUGAUCACUUUAAGCAGCCAAACUUUCAACAAAUACCCUGAAGAUUAAAAUGCUUAAUCCUUUGUUGUUUUUUGCUUUCCUCCACCUUUCUUCUAGGGGGUUAGCCCCAGUUCUCUCCCUCACUGCUUCUGACACCAUGGCGGAGCAAGGUCUCUCCCCACACUGGUCCCCCACCUUUUUAUAGGAAUAUUGGAUAGCAAGUCACUGAGGACGAUGCAGUGCAAGAAAGCCUCCACUCAAUGCAGGUUUGAGUAGAGCCAGAAUAACGCAGUGGAGGCCAGAGGUGUUCCCAGCAGACCUUGGGAGUCAUCACCACCUCUCCUCACCCAUAGGAUAGACGGUUGGCGUUAGAUCAGAUCUCCCCAGUGUGCACUCACACCCACAGGGUAACCCAAGUGACAGAAAGAAUGAAGGCCCACGUUUGCCAGCCUACAAGGAUGGCCUCGGUCAUCUGGAGGGGGUGAGUCACGCAGCUCCCAAUCUGCUGUGAGGGUCUCCUAAAUCUCCAGAGCAGAUUUUGGUGGCUCACAGGAGGAAAAGAAGGCUCAGUUGCCCAAGCAAUAGUCUGUUGCACUCAUGCACCGACUCCCUCAAUUAUUUAUUUACUAAAAAUACUGAUAUAUCACUUUGUAGCCCCCCCCCCAUUCUCUCAAAAUAGCUUUAAAAAGCUUUGUACGAUACAAUCACAUAAACAACAGUAUCAGAACGUGUGAAGCAAGACUAUCCUUUCCAAAGCUGCAUGGCAUAAGGCACAUGAUACAGCUAAGCAGCUCUGCCUUUAGUCAGUGAAUGUGAAAUACUACCAUGUUGGGUUCCAUUAUUGAAGAAAGGCAGGACACCUAUGUAAUAAGUAAACAAUAAAGAAUGUUUAUUAUUUGAGGAAUGUGUGUUUCACUAGUGCAUUUUAGGUAACGUGUGGGUGAAACUGAUUGGCAUACAAACUAUCUCAAUGCAAGAUACACUUAAUACUCCAUACAUAAAAUGCUGUGCUGCGCCUUUUUUUCUUUUUAAGGCCUCCUUAGUUGGAAUGACAGCUGGAGAAUUCUGAGCUUACUAAGGGGCAGAAUGCUGUCUUCAACAACCAGAAAAAUACGAACUUAAUUUUCUUAAAUGUACAUAGCACUAAACUGUACACAAAUUAUGUUAAUUAUUUGUAGAGAAAACUAAGCUCUUUGUUGACUGGUGUUCAAAGAAGAACUGAACAAAAUAACAUUUAUUUGACUGAACUAAUUAGGAAAGACAGUAACAAUGUUUUCUAGGAUGACUUGUACUAGCUAUCAAACUAAAAACAAUCUUAAGACAAUGUAUCAUUAUCUUCUUAAACAAAACAAAAUUGAGUUUCCAUUUCAAUUCUUUGUGCUUAAGGCUAUUAAACAUAUAUGAUUACCAGU